AUGACGUUCCCUGCAUCUCAUGUCUUGUCUUGUUUUCUUUCAGUGGACGGCUGCAUUGACUGGUCAGUGGAUCUCAAGACAUACAUGGCUUUGGCAGGCGAACCUGUCAGAGUGAAAUGUGCCCUUUUCUACAGUUAUAUUCGCACCAACUAUAGCAUGGCCCAGAGUACUGGGCUCAGGCUCAUGUGGUACAAAAACAAAGGCGAUCUGGAAGAACCUAUCAUCUUUUCAGAGGUCAGAAUGAGCAAAGAGGAAGACUCCAUAUGGUUUCACUCAGCUGAGGCACAAGACAGCGGAUUCUACACUUGCGUUUUAAGAAACUCCACAUACUGCAUGAAGGUGUCAAUGUCCUUGACUGUUGCCGAGAAUGAAUCAGGCCUCUGUUACAAUAGCAGGAUCCGCUACUUAGAGAAAUCUGAAGUUACUAAAAGAAAGGAGAUCUCCUGCCCAGAUAUGGAAGAUUUUAAGAAGUCCGACCAGGAACCUGAUGUUGUAUGGUACAAGGAAUGCAAGCCAAAAAUGUGGAGAAGCAUCAUAAUACAGAAGGGAAAUGCUCUUCUCAUUCAGGAAGUUCAAGAAGAAGAUGGAGGAAAUUACACAUGUGAACUUAAAUAUGAAGGAAAACUUGUAAGACGAACAACAGAACUGAAAGUUACAGCUUUGCUCACAGACAAGCCUCCCAAGCCAUUGUUCCCCAUGGAAAAUCAGCCAAGUGUGAUAGAUGUCCAGCUGGGUAAACCUCUGAAUAUCCCAUGCAAAGCAUUCUUUGGAUUCAGUGGAGAGUCUGGACCAAUGAUCUAUUGGAUGAAAGGCGAGAAGUUUAUUGAAGAGCUGGCAGGUCACAUUAGAGAAGGUGAAAUAAGGCUCCUCAAAGAGCAUCUUGGAGAAAAAGAAGUUGAAUUGACACUCAUCUUUGACUCAGUGGUGGAAGCUGACUUGGCUAAUUAUACCUGCCAUGUGGAAAACAGAAAUGGACGGAAACAUGCCAGUGUUCUACUGCGUAAAAAGGAUUUAAUAUACAAAAUUGAGCUUGCAGGGGGGCUGGGAGCAAUCUUCCUCCUACUUAUACUGCUGGUGGUGGUCUACAAAUGCUACAACAUAGAAUUGAUGCUUUUCUACCGACAGCGUUUUGGAGGUGAUGAAACUACUGAUGACAAUAAGGAAUAUGAUGCCUAUCUCUCAUACACAAAAGUGGAUCAAGAUACUCUGGACUGUGACAAUACGGAGGAAGAGCAGUUUGCUCUGGAAAUACUGCCAGAUGUCCUAGAAAAGCACUACGGAUACAAACUCUUUAUCCCAGAAAGGGAUCUGAUUCCCAGUGGAACAUACAUUGAAGAUCUCACAAGAUGCAUUGAGCAAAGCAGAAGGCUUAUUAUCGUGCUAACUCCAGACUAUAUACUCCGACGGGGAUGGAGUAUUUUCGAACUGGAAAGCAGACUCCACAACAUGCUAGUCAGUGGAGAAAUCAAAGUGAUUUUGAUUGAGUGUACAGAAUUAAAAGGAAAGGUGAAUUGCCAGGAAGUGGAAUCGCUAAAGCACAGCAUCAAACUUCUAUCACUGAUCAAGUGGAAGGGGCCCAAAAGCAGCAAAUUAAAUUCUAAGUUUUGGAAGCACUUAGUGUAUGAAAUGCCCAUCAAGAAAAAAGAAAUGCUAUCCCAUUGCCAUGUGCUAGACUCUGCAGAACAGGGGCUUUUUGGAGAACUUCAGCCUAUCCCUUCAAUUGCCAUGACGAGUACCUCAGCCACAAUGGUGCCAUCGCAAGCUGAUCUCCCUGAUUUCCACCAUUCGGAUUCAAUGCAAAUGAGGCACUGUUGCAGAGGAUACAAACACGAGAUGCCAACCAACACCCUGCCAGUACCUUCCUUAGGCAACCACCAUACUUACUGUAAUUUGCCACUGACACUACUCAAUAGACAGAUACCCCUUAAUAAUCCCCUGAAAGAGACUGAGGAAUUCUCAAGGAACAAUUCCCUACUGCCAUUAUCAUCCAAAGAGCUUAGCUUCACCAGUGAUAUUUGGUAGUGAGAAAAAAAUAUCAGUGUCUCUGAACAUGAUAAUAUGGAAUUUGUGCUACGCUAUACUGAGCAUAAAUGGCACCUAAGAGCAUCAAGAUGCUGAAAAUGUGAAAAAAAGGCACAAAAAUCAUGUUUAUACUUAACUAUUUUUGUUUACAUUUAUAGAAUAGUCGGGGAAUAGAAGGUCUUG